AUGAGUGUUGUCCACCCAGUUAAUCCAAAGCCGUUUCUUCAAGAUUUGACUGGAAAAGAAUGCGUGGUCAAAUUGAAAUGGGGCAUGGAAUACAAAGGAUACCUAGUUAGCGUUGAUAACUACAUGAACUUGCAGCUAGCUAACACGGAAGAAUAUCAAAAUGGACAGUCAGUUGGAUCACUAGGGGAAGUUUUUAUCCGUUGCAAUAACGUGCUUUACAGCACAAACGAAUCCAGUAAAUGCAAAAGGAAAUUGUCUUGCAUCGACUUGAAUGAAGACAUGCGAUACCUGGAACUCCAAGAUGGACCACCGCUCUAUCGCGCAGACGACAUGUCCAACUUCUCAAGCAAUCUUAGUGUGAUCUGA